AUGAAAAUCUCGUGUUCGUUAUUCGUAACCUUAAUAAUAUUAUCAUGUGUAAAAAAUUGUAAAGGGUUAUGUAAAAAUGUGGAAAAUGAAGUCAACUGCGAGUCGGUCAGUGAAAUUUCUCGAGAACUAAUAAGUCAAAUACCAAACAUAAAAGAAGUGACACGUUUACACGUUAAGUUCAAUACUGAGUUGGAAAUAUACCCAAGAUCGUUUGAAUCUGCCUCAAAACUACAAUAUCUCGUUAUUAAUCACAACAAAAUUAACAAGAUAUCCAGUGACACUUUUCAGGACAUCCCGUUAAAAUAUUUGCACUUAGGAUACAACAAUAUUAACGCUAUUUACCCUGCAGCUUUUUUUAACUUAUCUUUCCUUCAAGAGUUACGAUUUGAAAAUAACAAUUUAAAAGAAAUUCCAAUAGGAGUGUUUACGAAUCUACCAAUAAAGGAAUUGGCGUUAUCUAAGAACAAAAUACACACCAUAGAAAACAGUGCACUGGAAAACCUGCCGAAUCUGAAGAAGCUUUUGUUGGAUGGGAACAAUCUGCAGUCGAUAUAUCUCCAAGAACUUUUAACGCACCCUAAAAGCCUCGAAAUUCUAUGGCUGCACAACAACUCUCUGACAGCUGUUACCAAUUAUAUGUUGCGGGGGUUAAAAAAUUUGAGAAUAUUAAAUUUAGCGAUGAACUCGAUAACCUUCGUGGAAUCAAAUUCUUUCAAGCAGACCCCGAAGCUGUCCUAUCUCAUUCUCUCACACAACCAUCUCAGACAAAUAAACGGGAAUGUAUUUCCUAAAGGUGAGACAAGUAGUCUACAAAAUCUCUAUAUAGAUAACAAUAGAUUGAUGUUCCUCCCAUUUAACUUCUUUGUUCGUUUGGGAAAGUUGAAGAACAUCGUCAUGGUUGGAAAUCCAUGGUACUGCUCUUGCCUGACUAUAGUUCAAAUGCUGCUAGCAGAAAAUAGCAUAACGGAAAAGUGCAACGAAGAGUAUAGUAAUGGGAAAAAGCCUGUCUGUGUAAGCGGCAGUGUUGGUCAGGAUUACUGUGUACAUUUCUACAAUGAUGAUUUAAGUGAAAAAUACGAAACUUACAAAAAAACUCUUCCUUUGCCGAAACGACCAUUGCUAUGCUCUUUCUAGAUGUCGUUGACAGAAAAUUGGUGUCAUCCAAUUAACGCUCGGCGGGUGUUUUUGAACCGGGAGCCCUUUGCACACGGGCGAGGAAUCAAGUCAAAUCUACUAGAUUUAUGUUUUUGGGGAUACUCUUUCAGAUGGUGCCACAUAAUUUGAAGAAAAAAUCAUUCAUGCCACGAAAACGGACGCAAAAAUUGAAUUUUCUUUCAUGGUAGGUUUGAUUUGAUUCGACGCGUGGUUCAAAGAUACCCCCUCGAAAAUCCGAUUUUGAGCUUGAAUGGGUCAUUUUCAUUCAAAGUAGAUGCUUAGAAGAAACUAAUAACAUUACUUUGUUAGCUGUACACUGAAAAAAACAAUUACUUUCUAUUAAAGCAAUCGAUUGUUUUACAUCUAUGCUAGUUACAUUGAGAUAACCCAGUUACAUUCAAUGCAAGUCAUUUAUUUGUUCGAAAAAAAAAACAGUUUACAACAGGUUUGUCUCUAUAAUUAACAAAUUAGAUUUAAUAUAACCAUUUAUGAUUUUAGAAUAUUUGUUAGGAGAAUUAAAGGAACACAUUAUUAAUGGAAAUUUAUAAUCGUUUUUAUUUAAGAAAUAUUAUUUUAUAUUGGCCUAUCAAACGUUACAAUUAAACAUUAAAGUGUCUUUGCCAUUCUUGUUGUUGUUAGAUCAUAUUCAUAAUAUAACAUGUGCAUAUAGUUACAGAGUGCUGUGGUCCGUUUGCUCCUAAUUAAAAUGGAAGCAUAAACUGUGGAAGUUAGGGCCAAACAAGUAAUAAUCGUUAAAAAGUCA